CAGCAGGUGAGUGCGCGAGAUCAACAGAAGAAGCGCUCGUUUCCGUGAAUCGCGCGGUUCUCCAGGAACGUGCUUUCUUCGUGUGGAAGUUGCCCAGUCAGAAUUUCCUCAGGUUGUGUUUUUGGCCCUCGCUCGUUCGGGCCCUUGCUGCCUUCUUUUCUCCUUCACCUUUUUAUUUUCUUUUACUUCUUUUUGUCUGCUGAUGUUUCACCUAUGAAGCUGCCUGUACUGUAGCAGCUGAAUCAAUGUGUGUUGGAGGGUCAAAGCUCAUCUAUAGACAGAAGGCACAUUUAAAGAGACCAUGAGCACAGCAAAGCCCAGCGGGCUCAAAGCGCCCAGCAAAAUCGGCAAAACAGUCGCCACUGGGGUCACAAAAACAUCCUCCUCUGCGGGUGCCCCUAAACCAACUCCAAGUGACAAAUCCUCACCUGAAGCACAAGAUGUAGGAGAGGAGUAUAAAAUUGGUGAUCGGGUCUGGGUGAAUGGCAACAAGGCGGGCGUCGUUCAGUUUCUCGGAGAUACCCAGUUCGCUCCAGGGCAGUGGGCUGGCAUUGUGCUGGAUGAGCCGAUCGGGAAAAAUGAUGGCUCUGUAUCGGGGGUGCGCUAUUUUCAGUGCGAAGCCUUAAAGGGUAUUUUCACACGCCCCUCCAAACUCUCCCGCACAGAAGGGGAGGCUAACGGGACGACGACGGCCCCUCCGUCUCGUGCAGCAUCACCCACACCCUCCACGGCAUCAGCCACGGCAUCAGCCACGGCUUCAACCAAGAAACCUGCCACGACCACCAAAACGGCGGCACCACCCUCUGAGCUGGUGCGCUCAAAAAGUGAAUCGGUAUCAAAUCUAUCAGAAACCGGUUCGGUCAAGAAAGGUGAACGAGAGCUAAAGAUCAAUGACCGGGUGCUGGUUGCUGGCUCAAAAGCUGGUGUGGUGCGAUUCUUAGGUGAAGCAGAUUUUGCUAAGGGUGAAUGGUGUGGCGUUGAGCUGGAUGAGCCCUUGGGAAAGAAUGAUGGUGCUGUGGCUGGAACCAGGUAUUUCCAUUGUCAGCCCAAGUACGGUCUCUUUGCACCAGUGCACAAGGUGACUCGCAUUGGUUUCCCCUCCACCACGCCGGCCAAAGCGAAGGCGACUGCGCGGAAGACAUCGACCACGCCAUCAGGACUGAAGCGCAGCCCCAGUGCCUCCUCCAUCAGCUCCAUGAGCUCAGUCGCCUCAUCCGCUAGCUGCAAGCCAAGCCGAACCGGGCUGCUGACGGAGACGUCCUCGAGGUACACGCGGAAGAUCUCGGGCACAACGGCCCUUCAGGAGGCCCUUAAGGAAAAACAGCAACACAUUGAGCAGCUCCUCGCUGAACGUGACUUGGAGCGAGCUGAAGUUGCCAAGGCAACCAGCCAUGUGGGUGAAGUGGAGCAGGAGCUGGUGGUGCUGCGGGAAGGCCAGGAGCAGUGUGUGUUGGAGAUGGAGGCUAAAAUGGAUCAGCUGCGAGUGCUGGUGGAGGCCGCAGACAGGGAAAAAGUGGAGCUUGUAAACCAGCUGGAGGAGGAAAAGAGAAAGGUGGAGGACCUGCAGUUCCGGGUGGAAGAAGCUUGCAUUACCAAAGGAGAUUUGGAGACGCAGACGCGACUGGAGCAUGCCCUCCUAAAGGAGCUUGAGCAGAGUCUGCUUUUUGAAAAGACCAAAGCUGAGAAACUUCAGAGGGAAUUGGAAGACUCUAGGGUGGCCACGGUCUCUGAGAAGUCCCGUAUCUUGGAGUUAGAAAGGGAUCUCGCCUUGAGAGACAAAGAGGUUGCUGCCCUCCGCAAGCCACUGGAAGUUGUACCUGGACAGGAUGGAGUUACCGAGGACUCCACCGCAGCAUUGCUCCAGGAGGAGCUACGUUCCCUUCGCACACAGUUGGCCGACCAGAGCGCCAGUCACCAGGCCGAGCUGUCCGCCCUGCGUGAGACGCUUGAGGCCCGAGAGAAGGGACAUGGUGAGGCCUUGAUACAGCUCCAAGAAGCAUCAGGACGUUUGGCGAAGGAGAACGAACGACUUUGCGUCCGCCUAGCAAAGGCCGAAGAAGACAACGUGAACGCCAUUGAGCAGUGGCGUGCCAAACUGGUGUCAGUCGAGGCCUCGCACCAGAAUGUCUUAGAGGAGCUGAAGACCUCCUCGGGAGCAGGCCAUGCCGAGCUGAUUGAACAGCGAGCUGCUCUGGAGCGGUUGAAAGCGUCACACCAACUGGAACUAGAGGAGAUAUCCAACAAGCGUGCUGCUGAAGCCUCAGGGUGGGCCGGUCAAACCAAAGAGCUCCAGAUGCAGCUGCAGAGGGUUACGGAGGAGAAGGAGCGACUGGAGGACUCGCUACACACCAAUAUUGAGAAAACCGAGGAGCAGCACCUGGUCGAAAUGGAGGACGUCUUGGGAAAGCUGCACACUGCUGAACUCAGGGUAAAAGAGUUAGAGGAGGAGGGGGGUAAGGUGGGCCAGCAGUUGGAGGAGAAGGUGCGAGAAGCUAAGGAGAAACAUGAAGCCCUUCAGGCGCUGCAGUCGCAGCAUAGUGAAGGUAAUCAGGAGAUGCAAAAACUGUUGGCCCAGAUAGAGGAGGCAACGGCCAAAGCCAAAUCCCACGAGGAGAAGGUUGUUGAGUUGAAUUCAGUACUCGAGGACAAAGCUCAAAAGUUGAGUGACCUGUUGCAAGAAAAGGGCUCUUUGGAGAAUGAAGUUAGUGUGCUGAAGCAGACUCUGGAAACGGCAUCGAAUGACCAAGCCAAAUCUUCUCAAUCUAAUCAAGAGUUACGUGAGGAGCUCAGGAAGAAAGAGGAACAAUGCACAUCGCAGUCUACUGAAUUACAGGAGAUCAAGAGUCAACUAGCUGGAUUACAGAGAAAUUUGAAGGCGAGUGAAGAAAAGCUAGACAUGUUGACCAAAGACAAGACCAAACUUGAGAAUGACAUCAUGGAUAUGAUGAAGUCAUCGGGAGACAGUUCUGUCCAGCUAACAAAGAUGCAAGAGGAAAUCAACCAGAAGGAAAGAAGACUAGAAGAGCUUCAGAACCAGCUGACAGAGCAGAAUGAAAAGACAGCCAAAGCAGAGGAACGCUGUUCACAAGCACAAGUCCAGGCUGAGAAAGAAGCUAAGGAGAUCUCUGAAAGGCACCAAAGAGAGCUUAACAGCCUACAGGAGAAAAUCCAGCUACUGGAGAAGAAUGUUGAAGAACAUCAAGCUAAAACCAAAGACGCAGAUGCUUCGAGAGAGAAAGCUCUUGCAGAUGCAACAGAUCGCCAUUCAAAAGAAAUACAGGACUUAAAUGCUCAACUUGAAAAAGUCAAGCAGGAGCUCUGUGUGUCUCAGGACGAACGUGUGGAGUUAAAGAAACAGCUUGAGGAAUUGAUGCCCUUUAAAGAAAAAGCUGAGGUCACAGAGAGAGCGGAGCAGGCUGCACAGGCAUCACUGGAGAUCUUAACCCAGCAGAACAGUCAGCUGAACAAAGAUAAAUCUGAGGCUGAGACGCUGGUGACACAACUGAAGAACACCGUGCAAGAAUUACAGUCCAAGCUGGAUGGUGUUAGCGAGCAGAACUCACAAUAUCAAGAGAAACAGAGUUCAGACAGUGAGAAGAUCAACAGUCUCAAUGCAGAAAUCGAGACACUGAAACAGGCCGUUUGUGAAGGAACGGAGACGGUGGAGGCUCUGAAGAAAGACAAUGAGAAACUGACAUUACAACUCGCCAGCAGUCAUAAAGACAGCGACAUUCUGUUAAAUCUGAAAACAGACUGUGACCGACUAAACGAUCAACUGAAGGAGAUGAAAGUGAGGGAAAACACAUUAAAAAGCGAAUCGGAGAAGGAGAAAUCUUCACUUCAGCAAUCUCUCCAAACACAGAGUGCCUUGGUUUCAGAGAAAGACAGUGAAUUAAACUCUCUGAGACAACAGCUGGAUGGUGUAAAAGAGCAGAACUCACAGUAUCAAGAGAAACAAAGUUCAGACAGUGAGAAGAUCAACAGUCUCAAUACAGAAAUCGAGACACUGAAACAGGCCGUUUGUGAAGGAACUCAGACGGUGGAGGCUCUGAAGAAAGACAAUGAGAAGCUGACAUCACAACUCGCCAGCAGUCAUAAAGACAGCGACAUUCUGUUAAGUUUGAAGAAAGAGUGUGAAAACCUCAAUGAUCAACUGAAGGAGAUGAAAGUGAGGGAGAAAACUUUAACAAGUGAAUCGGAGAAGGAGAAAUCCUCACUUCAACAAUCUCUCCAAACACAGAGUGCCUUGAUCUCAGAGAAAGACAAUGAAUUAGACUCUCUGAGACAACAGCUGGACGGUGUAAGGGAGCAGAACUCGCAGUAUCAAGAGAAACAGAGUUCAGACAGUGAGAAGAUCAACAGUCUCAAUACAGAAAUUGAGGUUUUGAAUCAGACAGCCGCUGAGAAAACCCAAGCGGUGGAGGCUUUGAAGAAAGAGAAUGAACGACUGACGGUGGAGCUCACCAGUAGCCAUAAAGAAAGCGACAUUGUGUUAAAUCUGAAAAAGGAGUAUGAAAACCUCAAUGUUCAAUUGAAGGAGAUGAAAGCGAGGGAGAAAACUUUAACAAGUGAAUCAGAGAAGGAGAAAUCUUCACUUCAACAAUCUCUCCAAACACAGAGUGCCUUGAUCUCCGAGAAAGACAAAGAAUUAGACUCUCUGAGAAAUGAGCUCACAAAGGAGUGCGAGACCCUCAAAGAUAAGCUGAAGGAGAUAAAAAUGAGGGAAAACACAUUAAAAAGUGCAUCAGCGAAGGAGAAAUCUUCACUUGAACAAUCUCUCCAAACACAGAGUGCCUUGAUCACAGAGAAAGACAAAGAAUUAGACUCUCUGAGAACACAGAUGGCAGGUUUGCGUGGUACAGUACAGGUUCUGCAGUCUUCUGAGAAGUCUUACGAAGUUGAGAAGAUUCAGCUGCAGGAACGAGUAAAAUCUCUUGAGAAGAAUCUAGCAGAUGCUCAUAUCGGCAGCCAGGGAGACGCCUCAUCAGAUGAUUCUGUCCUGAAUCAGUGGAGGGAAGCAAAGGAGAACUCGGAGCGUCAGAUUGAAUUCUUAAACUCCGUUAUCGUGGAUCUGAAGCGGAAGAAUGAGGAACAAAAAUCUAAACUAGAGAAGAUGGCUGAAGCGGCACUUAAUGGAAACAAUGCAGCUGAAACAGAGACUCAUAACAGUCAUGCUGAGGCUCCGACGAAGAAAAAACCACCUCCCCGCCUCUUCUGUGAUAUCUGCGAUUGUUUCGAUCUACACGACACGGAAGACUGUCCCACCCAGGACCAGAUGCUCGACUCCCCACCUCACACCACCUACCAUGGCAGUCCCAACGAUGAAAGACCUUACUGUGACAUCUGCGAGGUCUUCGGCCACUGGACAGACGCCUGCAACGACGAUCAAACUUUCUAGACUCGCGCUUUUACACUUGCAAUACUGUACAUGCCUUGAAUCAGACAGUGCACAAGAGACUUCGUAAACAUUUGUCUGGCUUGUUUUCACUUCCGCGUUUACCCUCAAGCCUAAAUCUUCAGUCACUUUAUAGCCAGCACCUAUACUUUAAUCUAUGGCAGUUUUUAACCUGCCUCUGUUGCACAGAAAAUGACUGUUAGGAGGAAAAAUGGAGGUUAAAGAAGUAGUUCACACAAAAUGACCGUCAUGGUGUAGUCAUUUACUCUCUUUCAGAUACGACUUUCUUUUUUAGGAGACAAAAGGUUAUUUAAUGGAUAUGCGGUUGGUUUAGUACAAUGGCAGUCAAUUUUGACUCGCUUUAAUGCUUAUUAAGCUUAACAAGGGCUGUAUGUGAUGGUCUACGUGGAUGUUGGUGAAAAAUGUCUCUAUUUUUAAGCCAUUUCCAAGUUGCCAUGACACCUCAUUACAUCACUUUUGUUGUCUAUUCAAAAGUGCAAUUUCAUUUAUUUUGUGCUUGUGAAACCGAAUGGUUUUGUUGGAAACCCCAAAAUUAAAGUUUUGAAGAAAUGAUCAGUGGGUCACUUUAAGCAUUAAAGUAUGGUCAAAUGUACUGCCAUUGUAUUGAAUAAUGUUUAAUUUAUCUUGUUUUGUGUUUUGAAAAAGAAAAGUCGCAAGGUUUGGAACGACCUGAGGGUGAGUAAUGACACAACUGUUUCUUUAAAGUCACAGGGUUCCUUGUGUUAAACACUCGGUUUUUAUUAGGGUGAAAGUUGAUGAAGAUGACUGUAGUCUUGACUGUUUGGUUUUUGGCUUGUAGUUUUUGGGUUUGUAUUGCUGACCUCUAGUGGAAAGGGUUAUUUGCCUUCUCAACGGGCUUUUGCACAGCGAAAAGAAUUUGGUGUAAAGACAUUAAAAGAGAUAAUGUUGUUUUAGCUUUGUGAAUAAUUCAUUCUAAAGAAAAAGUUAUAAAUAAAGUAAAUAAAUUAAACAAAAGGAGUACAUAAGUAUGUUUCAGAAUUAUUCUAGGUGUAAUUUUAAAUAUUUUGCACCAACCAUUUCUUUUUUUGUUUUUGUUGUUACUUUAGUUCAAGACGUGUUGAAUGACUGUGUACGAUAUGAAGACUGACUGCCUUUAGUUAUGUCAGCAUUUGUGUGUCUUUGUGUUAUGUUUGUGAGACAUGUAUAUGUAUAAAGGUCAUAUGAAAGAGAAAUUUAUGGAACUAAACAACAUUGAAUAUCUUUUAGUGCAAAUAUAAAUUCUUUGUUUUAUGUGUGAAUGUCUGACACCGAAGAGCUUUUUAAUAUCUUGUCUGCGGGUAAUUGAGGGCUAUUUGUCUAUACUCUUAUCCAUGACUUGUUUUGGAAAAUGAAACUACUUGAAGAUUGAGACGGUCAAAAUAAACGCAUUGUUUUGAAAUA